UUGCCGGCCUUGCUAUUGUAUUUAAUUUGCUUAGUUUAGUUAGAUGCUUAGUUAGUCUCAUUAGCCUCCGUCUCUUAAAAAUUUACGUUCGCUUUUCAAAAUUCUCUUGCAUUUUGGCAAAAAACGAGAAGAAUUCCAUUCCCGUGAAGUAAUUUUUGCAUCCAUGGAAGUGAAACUAAAAGAUCAUUAGUUUGGAAUUAUUAUUAAAAAAAUUGUUUCCAUUACAAACUACAAAAAGGAGGAAUUUUUGAAGAUAAAAUUCAAUAAUACCAGCAAUUUAUUGCCUAACACCUCAGAUUGUUUAAUAUCAGGAAAUGUCGUUAUUGCAUCUGAAAGGACGCGGGCUUGUGAAAAGCGGUGGAUUCUCAACACAGUUAGCUAAACAUGUAGGUGACAAAAUAGAUGGCGAUCCGUUGUGGGGUUCGCGUUUUGAUAAAGAGAAUCCCGAAGCUGUAAUGCAAACUCAUUUAGAUUUUUUGGAAGUUGGAGCAGAUAUUAUUGUCACCAAUACCUAUCAGUCAAGUGUAGAAGGCUUUACCAAACAUCUCAAUUUAACCAAAGACGAGAGUAUAGACUUAAUGCGUGAAAGUGUUAAACUAGCCAUGCAAGCGAAGAACAAAUAUUUAGAACGUUUAAAAGAUUGCAAUCGGCACAAGGAACCGGGAUUACCUUUGAUUAUGGGCUCCAUUGGCCCUUAUGGCGCUAUGCUGCACGAUGGGUCUGAAUAUACUGGUUCCUAUACUGAAAAACUAACUAAACAGCAAAUACAGCAAUGGCACCGCACACGUAUAGAAGCUGUCCUGUCCGGAGGCGUAGAUGGUUUAGCUGUAGAAACUAUACCUUGUCAAAUGGAAGCUGAAGCUGUAACGGAAAUGUUAUUGAAAGACUAUCCGGAUGUAAAAUUUUGGGUUUCUUUUCAAUGUAAAGAUGAAGUGAGAUUGGCUCAUGGUGAGAAUUUCGCAAAUGCUGCUAAAAGUGUUUGGGAAUUAAUAAGAAAGGCUAAUGCUAUUGAUCGCCUAUACGGUGUUGGCGUGAAUUGUGUUAAUCCAAAGUUUGUCUCAGCACUAUUUCAAUCUUUGCAUAAAUUGCUAAUUAAUGAGCAAAUACCACCAUUAAUAGUUUAUAGUAAUCGUGGCGAAAUAUAUGAUGCUCUUAAAGGUGGGUGGACCGGUCAUGAUAAAUGUGUCCCAUUAGCGAGUUAUGUACCCGAAUGGGUACAAUUGAAAGCUAAAAUUAUUGGUGGCUGUUGUAGGGUAUAUCCCGAAGAUAUACUGGCUAUACGUAAAUGUAUUGAUAACAUCGAUAAUAAUAAUUAAAUUUAGUUAGCGAACAUACCUGAUUAUUGCUGGGAGUUACACUUGUAACACUUUUAAACAUGUAUAAUCCCGUUUUUGUUUAAUUUUUAUUUAUUUUAUUAUAAUGAAAUUUAAAUUAUUUUAUUUGUGAUCUCUUAAUAAAGAAUUUUUUAAUUCCUUUACGAUUUAAGGAGCAUUUUUAAACUUUGGAUUACCAAAAACUAAUGGAAGAUGCUUUUGC